ACAAAUUCCUUUCCCUGCUCCUCUCUCUUGCGCUUCUGCUGCUUUGCUGCGUCCGCGGCCACCUCUGAAGAUAUCUCGGCGAACUCACUUUCCCAUCCUUCAGCUGUGUCAACGGACACAUUGGUUUGAUUCGGCGCUCUUCUGCCAAUAGUUCCGGGCUUUUCGGUCCACACUUUGUAUCUGAUGGCUUUUUCUGCUUUUUCUGUUCAUUCUGUCUAUUGAUUGCUGGCCAGAUUCCCAGGACCAAGACGCCAAAGUCCAGUGUUGCUUUCUGGCGUAGUCUGAGGCUUCACUGCCUUUCAAAGCGUUGUCCCUGUCCUCUCUGGCGAGGCCUCGGUUGGACUGAGCCCGAGGUUAUUUCUUUUUUUUAUGCUUCAUAUGCCUACUCUUUCACUGGCGUUCAAGCUCGAAGCUCAUCGAGCCCCAGAGUUGGCUGCCUUGGAUUGCAGUUCAGGAGUUGAUCGACGAGUAGUAUCUGGUCACAGGGAGGAAGGCAUUCAUGGUCUUGCUGUCCACCGAGGCAGCCAACGAUGGGACGGUGUAUGGGAAUCAUGACGGGACAUCUUGCGCGAUAUCAUCGCAACAUGUCUUGGUCAUGUCCUCUACGGGCUUUUAUCGAGGACGCAGUUGAGGGCUUUCGAUGCGAUCAUCUUUAUUGAGGUCGAUCACAGUCAACAUUGGCAAUCCCUUACUCGGACCAACUUCUCUGCCACCCGGGAGAUUGGGGACGGGAAGGUUCAAAGGUAACACGUUUCAUUUCCUCAUUUUAGCUCUCAGAAUGGGCCUCUUAUCCCCCAUGUUUACUAUAUGACCCCCUCUGAGGUGGAUGUACUUGUCGAAUUCUAUAGAUGGCCGGCCCUGUGCUUCUGCCUCUUCUUACAGGCAUCGUCCCAUUCUCUAUACCUCUAGUUCUCUGAAUACCUAUCAAUCUUCAAACCAAAUCAUGAAAGCAAAAGGAGCCAACAUCCACCAUAUCAGAGCGAUGAGACGCAAACGCAGCUUGCCGAGUCGGAGCCGGGCCAGACCCCCAAUUCCCGAUGCAGUAAGGGGCUGUUUCUCACGUGAUUCGUGCGUGUCAGCCCCCGCUCACUUGCGCCCAGAGGGUGGCGGCUGAACUUCUGACGGCGGCGCUCUUCAACCUCCAAAAAUGCGACUUGCAUCGGAAGUCAGUCGGGCAACUGAAGUCAGCUGGUUCGCAACUUGAACCUCACAGAGUCGAGCCACGACCGAUUCCACAACACCACAACCACACGCCGGCGAACAGGCCACUUAUCGCAGCCUUGCCUCUAGACUUUUCUUUGCAUUCUGAUCUUCAAUCCAGCGUCUCUUGACGCCGCGGCUUUGUUAGUUUCUGGCGGCUUCCUCGACACCCUACAAAGAGUGACUGCCACAGCAGUAUAUCCCAAACUAUUCAAGUAUCCCGCUGCCGGUCAAUCAAUUGGAUCGUGUGGCACAGACGCGCAACCGGCAUACGUCGGGUCUGGAUAUACAUCGCUCUCGAGGCGCCCGUUGAUAUACAUGCUCUAUGUUAGAGGCCCUCUCUUUGCUUCCCGGUGGUCGCUCGCCAGGCUAAUGUCCUCGCAGCGCACCUGAUCCAUCAUAGGCAUUCGCCAUCCAUCUCAGCGAAGCUACAAGUCAUCAUCGCCUACAAGGUCCUCUUUAUAUCUACACCCACGGGACUACAAGGCUACUCCUGAUAUACCUACUCCAUUCAGCAGUUAUACGCAGCCUAAGUGGCUUUGUCUCCUCGCCUUCAGCCCAUCGCCGGCGAUUCUUUUUUUCUUUUCCAUCUUUCUUCUUCAUCAUAGUGACCCAACACUAUUUCUCUUUGCUCACCCCCCGGUCAACCCGUAUAUACCAUGUCUUCCGCCGCAGCGGUCGACUCCGCUCCGGGACAGUCCUCCUCCCAACACGAACCAAUAUGUUAUAACUGCGGCACACGGGGUCAUUGGGUUGUCGCUUGUCCAGAGCCUACUAGGGAUGUGCCUGCCGGGCUUCAACGAUGGCAGUCUCAGCACCAGGAAGGUCAUUCGUCGGAUCGCAACGCUGCCUCCCAUGAUAAAAAGGGGCCCGUUGUCACUCGGUAUCCGUUGCCUCCUAGCCAAGGCCCUACCAUCACAAGAUACGGUCCUCCGCAACCACCGGCGUAUCCCCCUGGUGCACCACCGCCGCCGUCGAUCCAAGCUUAUCCUCCGGCCUCUUUUCCACCACCACCACCGCCGCCGCCGCUACCAACAUAUUCCGGGAGUUACCAUCCCCCGCCGCCGGCUGUGUAUGGCCAGUUCCCGCCGGCUGCACCACCGCCCCCGUCGCAGUACGCACCGCAGCCUCCUUACGGACAGCCGCAAUAUCCUCCUCCGUAUCCCCCAUCCAACUACUACCCGAACGGCGUUCCCCCUCCCCCGCCUGGGGCUUAUCCUCCGCAACCCUAUUCUCAACCAGGACCACCGCUUCCCGUGCCGCCGCCUCCUGUACCACCUCCCUAUCCUAGUAGCUACAGUGGGCCACCGCAGCCGGAAUACCAUUACUCUCCAGGUCAGCAGCCUCCGUACCCUCCUCCUACCGGGUGGGUACCGCCGCCAUUUGCUCCUCCCCACUUGCCGCCCCCUCCGCCAUCCAAUUCUGGCGCAAACAAGCAUCGUGGCAAGAGACAGAAUCAAGGCCCGAAGCAUUCGAAUGCGCAAAGAGAUAGACACGACAGGCACAACAGAGAUGAAGGAAACGACAGAGUCGACAGGUUUGACCGCUAUGACCGGUACGAUAGGCCGGACAGGUUUGACAAACGUGAUCGAGAUGACGGUUUCGAAAGGGGCGAACGGCUUGACAGAAUCGAUCGCUUUGAGCGAAAUGAUAGGAACCAACGGCCUGAGAGACACGACCGGCCUGCGAGGAUCGAGAGAGCCGAGAGGAACGACAGGAGUGACAGGCGUCGAAAUGUGAAUGAUUCAGAGGACCGAGCCGGACCUGGGCGACAAGAACGCCGAAAGGAGCCACGAACAGUCCAGCCUGAGCGAACAUCCAAGCCCGCAAAUUCCAAGACAGCGGUUCCCGAGCCCAAGGAGGAUGUAGGAAACGGUGAAUGGGAUCCAGAAUCUGAAAAGGAUAUGCAGCGCAUUUUUCCUGAACUUGACUUUAAGCCGGCGGAUCCGGUCGGAAUUCCUCUACCUGCGACUUACACGGAUGACCCCACGAUUCCGCCUGCAUACAAUGCCAAAUGCGUCAAGUCUCUUUAUUUCAACGAUCAAAACGAAAAGGAGUUUGCCUUCUCGGUCCGGGAGACAUCUUUCUGGUCUGUUCUUAAGCUAGACCCUGUCUUUAAGUUCUAUCCGGGGAUGAUCAGGAAGCGCAUCGGCGAGCAUGAGUACACGACUCAUAUAAUAUCUGCGCCUCCUCAUCCAGAAGCCAAGUUGAAGCUUCCACCGAAAUUCACAAUUUCUCGGAACCAACCAAAAGAGACGCCGGAAAUUGAUCGAUACCGCCCUCGACCUGAUCAGCACCGUGAUUUCUCGCCCAGACGUUCCGCACCUCGUGACCAACCACCAUCCGGAUUUGACCGAGGACACCGAUGUUAUCAGCAACAUCCAAAGCGGCCUCUGGAUGACAAUUUUGACGGACGUGAUCGCGAUCCCAGGGAUGCAAAGCGGCCCAGACAGAGUCUGGAUACUCCUGACCGGGGUCAUGGCCGUGAUGCCUAUCCACCACCUCCUCGCAGACCCUCUCCAAAUCCCAAAUAUAACUUCAGUGCCGAUCCCUGGUCGCCACAGGCUGGUGAGACGAAGAUCCCAUCAACCGACCAUCGCUAUAAUAGGGACACCUACUACGACAAUAGGUCUUCGUCGUCCAGGGACGACAGAGACAAGGAGAGAGGGAGAGAGCGACCGUCCCAGUAUGCGGACAUGCGCCACGACAGCGGCUACCACAGCAGUCGUAGCCGCUCGCAGGAGCGCAAACCCAGGAGAUCCUCGUAUCGCGAUGAUUACAGGGAUCGGGACAGAGACAGAGACAACCGACCACUUUCAGGGCCAUACCAGCAGAGGAAAAGGACGCGGUCACGUAGCCGCAGUCCUAGCCGCAGCCGUAGUCCGGCUUCGUCCUAUCUCUCGCCAGCAAGAAGCAUUGCAAAGCGCAGUCGCUCUGCUAGCCGUGGUCGUAGCUUGACUCGUAGUAGGAGCCGUAGUCGCAGCAGAAGCGAACGCAGCGAAUCCCCCCUUACGGCGCUGGAUAAGGAGCUGCUGGGUUUGACUGACGAGCCUAAUGAGCCCGUGAAGUCAAAGGUGGUUCCCAAGAAGGUGGCGCCGAGGGUCAAGGUUGCUGCGGCUUUUGGUCGCCGUUGGUAAACCUCACAACACAUCUACUUUUUCUUAUUCUUCGCUUUUUCUUCACAAUUUCAACGAAAUCGGAUGUUUAUCUUUUGAUCCGUCAUAUCCCGGCGUUGAGAGAAUGUGGGGCCUCUUUCUUGUGUUUACAUCAGGGCUUGUUGUUACCAGGCGUUUCUCAUCCAUGGAGUUUAUGUGGCUAUCGGAUGGUAGGUGGAUGGGUGGGCGGGUGUUAUGGAGUGACAUAUUUCUUUUAAGCUGAGUUCAUGCAGCACCAUCGUCCAAACCAUUUUUUCUUCUUUUUAUAAUACAACAGUGCAUCUGCCGGGCACGGGAAUAUCUUGCUUCCAAUCGUGGACACAAAUGUCCAGACUGUGAUGCCCAAGAUGUCUAUUGUACCAUGGCCUCACAACCAGAUACGCAAUUUAAUUUGAAAGCUCAUACAAUUUCCAACCUUGGGGAAGGAAGGAAGGUAGCAAGCGGGGAAAAAAUGAAGGAAGAAGCUGCCACGAAAACGUGAAAUCUCGAGCCGCUACAGGAAUGAACACCUACCUGUCCAAAGACAAGAAUACCUCCAGGUACAGUGAUG